AUGGCCCGUCCCAUCGCCUGUCUGUGUCGACAAGUCGCCCAGGAGGUGCAACUGGACCCGUCGAUAGAUGAAACAGUCUUCAAUCUGUGCCACUGCAACGCGUGUCGCGCCGCCACGGGGCUACUGUUUUCUUCAUACUAUGCGCUCUACGGCUUAUCUCCGAACCUGAGCGGGUUGCGUGAAUAUCACCAGCCCGACCAGAUCACUCGCUACUUCUGCGGCACAUGCGGUACCCAUGUUCUUGCUCACAACGCCAGCACUCGUCGAUACUUUGUGGCUGCCGGGGUGUUUUCCAAUGACUUGCCCCCAAUACGGUCAGUCCGUCAUUGGCGGGCAUCGGAUACAAAAGACGGAGGGCUGAGCAUUUUCCUUCCUGGUGACACAGACGACUCGAGCUGUUUGCUCCAGGGCUUCUCCACGAACCAGGAACGGGACCACAGCCUCGAAGACGACGCUUGGGACUCCAAGCCGGAUGACGGCAGAAUCCCGGCGAGAUGCCAUUGCGGCGGAGUGGAGUUCUAUGUCACAGCUCCGGAUAAGACAUCCUCAAAAGCCACAUCGCCAUGGGCCGACUUGCUCGUUCCCUAUUACUCUGGUUCAUCGGCGAACCCGGACGACGUGAAAUGGUGGCUCUGCGCGGGAAAUACCAAGUAUCUGGCGGGCACAUGCGCCUGUACCUCAUGUCGGCUGGGCAGUGGGUUUCCCAUCCAGGAGUGGGCCUUCAUUCCGAAAUCCAAUCUCUUCAAUGCAGACGGCUCUCCCUUGGCGUUUGGCGUGGGCACCAUGCAACAGUACGAAAGCUCUCCGGAGGUGUAUCGGGAAUUUUGCAACCGCUGCGGAGCCAACGUGUUCUGGCACUGCAAAGAAAGACCGCUUCUCAUCGAUGUCAGUGUCGGUCUACUCCGGGCGAAGAGUGGUGCAAGAGCCGAAGGACUGUUGCACUGGCAUCGAGAUCGAGUCAGUUUUGCGGAGAUGGGACAACAGACGUUGGUGCAGCGGUUGGAAGCUGGUCUCUCGGGUAGGGAGAAUCGUGAAUAG